AUGGUUGAAGAAUCAUAUAAUAAUAAUGGAGUAAGAUAUGCAGUUUAUCAAGUAGAAAUAGUAGAUGGAAAGAAAUGUGAAAGAACUUAUAGAAUUGGUAUAUCUACUGGUAAUUGUGCUGUUUAUCUUGCAAAUAAUCAUGAAAUAACGGAACAAGUUAAGCAAGAAGUUAAUACUAAUUCUGAAUCCUCAAGAACACCUAUACCUACUGAAAAAACUGCAAAAUACUUGAGACAUAUUAUUGCUGAUGUAUCUAUCCCUAAUUUAGCUGAGAAAGUCGAUCAGAAUUCUAAAAAGGAUCCUCAAUAG